AUGCCUGGCUUCGUCUUCCAUGACAACAUUGCUGCCGUCCAGGAGAGCAUCUACAUCGUGCUGGGUCACGGACCGUACCAACGCCGAGUCCUGCUGUGCAGCGUCCUGUCGGUGAUCGUGGCGCUCUUUCAAGCGCUGUCGGACCACCUCACCAAUGGGCCCGUGGACCACUGGUGCCGGCCGCCGAAAAACCUGCGCGAACUGUCUGCCGACGCGUGGAAGAACAUGUCCAUCCCCGUUGAGGCUGACGGCUCGUUCAGCAAGUGCACCGUGUACGACCCGGUCGUUGCGGACACUCCUGCGGCCAACAGGUCGACGGCGCCUUGUCAAAGUUGGGACUACGACAUUGCGAACCGAGCUGACAGCAUUGUCAGCCGCUUCGGACUCAUCUGCGACCGCCAGUACCUGCUCAACCUGGGCACUGGGAUCUUCGUCAUGAUUUCCGCUCUAGUGACGCCAGUGCUCGGGUUCGCGUCCGACCGAGUGGGUCGAAGGCCUGUCACCUUGGCCUCCGUGAUCGUCCUGCUAACUGGAACUGUUGGCAGCAGCGUCUCCGGCACGUUCACCUUCUACGUCUCCACAAGGACCGUGGUCCUGACAACCGCCAACACAGUCUUCAUGCUCAUUUUCAUCCUGCUCUACGAGGUGACCGGCAAGCAGUGGCGGCUUCUGUUCACCAUCCUGGUCACGGCCGUGGGGAUUACCGUGGUACCUCCGUUCGUCGAUGCUCUCAGCCUGUUAAAACCACGCUGGGUGUUGUUACACGGAGUCAUCAUCGUGCCCACGGCCAUCUUGGCGGCCUGCUGCUGCCUACUGCGAGAGUCACCCGCCUGGCUCCUGGCCACCUGGGACGUGCAGCGUGCUCAGGAGGGCGUCUUGGAGGCAGCCAUCCUCAACGGAUUGGAUACCGCCAAGGCAGCGGCCACCUUUCGGGCAAUUCUCGUCCAACUGGUAAAGAUAGAUCAGAGUCAGCAUUUUUCAACGGACGCCUCUGACGGUCGCGUGCAGUCCGUGAAGAUGCGUCGCCAGGUGGCGUCGGUGUUCCUAGCCAGGCUGACGCUCAAUGCCAUCUACUUCCCCCUGGCGGUGAAGGGGCGCUCCCUCGGCUACUACUGGUUGGCGGUACAUACGGUACUGCUGGCGGCGUCCUACGUGGCCGUCUGCUGGGCCGUAGUCAAGCGUGGACUUCGGGACACGCUGAUCAUACUGCUGGUCAUCGUGUGCGCCCUCUCCGCCGUCCAAACGAUGCUGAUGUCCGUCAGCGGUCUCCAGAUACUCAUUCCUGUGGUGGACGCUGCUCUCAAGAUCGCGUUGGCGGGCUCCAUGAGCGUCACCCUGUGCUACUCGGCCGAAGUGUUCCCCACGAGCAUCCGCUGUGCCGGUGUUAGCGCAUCGUUGUUCUUCGGUUACGUCGGUUCGCUCCUGGGCAUUCUCGUACACGCGUUGAGUGGCCGAAAAAUAGGUUCCUUGUUCCACGGCACCGCGGCCAUCUUGACCGCCCUGAGCGUCUUCGCGGUGCAGUGGCUUCCGGAGGUCCUCGUCGAGACGCGGAAGGCGAAGCGUGAGGCGGCACCCGCGAGUGCCCAGGAGCGCAAGGAGGCCCUAAAACAGUCACUGGCGCUUCCUGUCGAGGACGAGAAGAGGAGGAGACGGCGCAAGGGACAAAUGAAGACGCCGAACAAGUCGCCGGCUUAA